AUGAGCGUUGCGCGGAUCUGCAAGCAAAAUUUUCGCCUGCUUUGCGUGAACCUUCCUGACUCUCACUCUUGUCUCUUUCAGUUUUGGCUGGUGGUACACUACGACCUGGGUUGCUACGUGUUCGGUGAAUCGUGGCGGGACUACAGCUACUACGCCUACAGCAAGCCCUACACGCGAGUCCCUGCUCAUCUGGUCGGGAUGGCGUUUGGUUUUGUUAACGAACGGUGGGUCUCCGACCCGGGAGUCCGACCGAUGAGGCCGAACCUCAACCGCGCAGCGGUCAAAACCUGGGGUGCCGCGGCCGUCACCGCGCUGUUUGCGUGCGUUUUGGCGCCGCUGUCCGACUACAUGGACCCCGAAAGUUGGUCGCCGUGGGUCAAUGCCACGUUCAUCACCCUGUGUCGACCCAUGUGGGCUGCGGGCCUCGGCAUCAUCGCGACCCUGUGCGCCGCGGGUCAGCUCGAAGGUCUCAACGCGUUCUUGGCGCACCCGGGUUGGACACCGUUCGCCAGGCUCACGUUUGGCGCGUAUCUGAUGCACCCAGUCGUCAUCAAAUGGUUCGCUGGCACCGCGACGAGCAGCUAUCACUUCGGAUGGCGAUAUAUGAUGGCUCACGCGCUGUUCAACUCGGCGUUUUCUUUCCUGUUCGCAGCUAUUGCGUGGCUUUUGGUGGAGCGGCCGGUGAUGUCAGCAAUGAAGAGAGGCACGAGGGCACGCAGGCCCGAGUAA